AGAUUCUGUACAGUAGUAUUGAGACGACGCAGAAGCCAUCGUGUUGCUACCACUGCUCUCAGCAGUGCUCGACAGUGCUUGUAGCGGAACAGACGGCGUUUGGGCUCUUACUACGGGCGUUUGGGCUUGCACGGGCGACCUUACCGCUACCAGCUCUGACCGGCAAUCCCCUCGUCUCCCACCGAAAUCGCCUCGUCUCCUCUUCCCCUCGCCUCGUCUCCUCUUCCCCUCGCCUCGCCUCGCCUCCCCUCGCCUCGCCUCGCCUCGCCUCGCCUCGCCUCGCCUCGCCUCGCCUCGUCUCCUGUUCCCCCAGUCGCUCGAGAUCUCUAGUCCCAGCUACUAUUAUGCAGGCGCUUCGGAAUCGCUAGUAUUUCUCCCGGGGCUUCGAGAUCUCCAGUAUAUGUAACAAUAGAUCGCUCCUUUGCGGAACUGAUCUAACCAGUGGUGCCCUAGAUCGCUCGGUGCUUACUUCGCACCAAGUAAGCAAUCAACAAUUUCUCCAACCGACGAAAGGCUCUUACGUCCCUUUCCCCUUUCGCCUGCUAGCUUGUGACCGUUUCAACCAUGGCGGCGCCGUUACGUGUCAUCUCUGCCGUUGCGUUGCUCUGCCUGGUUACGGCUCAGCUGGCCGCUGCAGAUUGCCCGGUUGGGUCUGGAUUCUACGGACCGGAUUGCACCGCAUGCCCUGUGUGUCAGAAUCUCGGCAAGUGCCAGGAUGGCCCUGAUGGCAACGGCACGUGCGCGUGUCUUGCCACCACCACGGGCACUCUCUGUGAGCUCUGCGCUCCCAACUACGACCCCGACACCCAGUGCACCAGCAUCCUUGACGCAUGUGCGUCAUACGUGAGUGAGACGGCUGCUGAGGACAGCUCCUUUGCCAAGUGGUGCAAGAUGCGGCCCAAUGGGGACUGCAUUACUGAUUUCGACGUUGUGCCGACCCGCUCCACUUGCGGGUGCCAGACGGGGUAUACUUUUAACGAAGCCACCCAGACAUGUGAUGAUGUUAAUGAGUGCAAAUCAAGGCCGUGUGUGGACGUGGCGUACUCAGUCUGCACCAAUUUGGUGGGAACAUACAACUGCACGUGCAAGAGAGGGUACGAGGCUACAGUUAUUGAUCCACUGAACAUCGUUCGCACGUGUGCGAAGCCCAUUCCGCCCACAACGGUUAAGGUUGUGUUCCCUAUGCCGUGAUCAAUCUGGACAUGUACCGCUUAGAAGGAUCGUAUGGAAAUAAAGCAGUGGUGAAGUGGGAUACUCUUAGUGUAAAUGUAUUAUGCAAUUUAUUGUUAAUAAUUAUCUGGUGUAGUGUCAUUUAUUGUACAUGAUUUGAACGCGAAGCAGUUGACGUAGGA